AUGUUCACUUGUCCUGUGUGUAAAAGAAGAUUUGGCCAUUUAACGAGCCUUAUAAAUCAUAAAAAAGUUCACAAGAAAUACUAUCAAAUUAAAAACAACACUGACACCAGUACUGAUGAAAAAGUUGAAGAUGAUUCUGUAACAAGUACUGAAGACGAUUCAGUAACCAGUGUAGAUGAGAAAGUGGAAGAUGAUACUGACACUAGCACUGAUAAAAAAUUUGAAGACGAUGCUGAAACCAGUGCAGAUGAGAAAGUUGAAAGUAACAUUAACACCAGUAUGGAUGAAGAUGACACCAACACAUAUUUCGUUGAUGAUGUUAGUCUUAGAUCUGAUGACCAAGAUAUUGUUGACAAUCCAAAUAUCAUUGACCAAAUAAUUACUUGUGAGUCUGGCCAAAUAUUUGAAGAAACAUUAGAAGAAUGGCAAACACCACAAUUUAGACAAAUGAUUCAAUCAACAUUUCACAAAUGUAUGAAUAUACUAUUCGAACCAUUACAUUUACAGUAUCGUUUAGGUGUAUUAUUUAAAGUUAAUAGCCGUUAUUUAAAAUGCAACAUGAUGCUAUCUUGUGUUAUUGGUGAUUGGCCUGAAAAUUGCAAAUAUUGUUUGACCUACAGUGGAGCAAAUUGUGCACAUCCUUGUCACACCUGUCUCGUAGAAAAAGAUAAACUAAAUGCCAUUAAUUUACCUAGUAAUCACAAGAUUAUCCGAACUGAAAAUCUAAUGCGACAGAUUAUGAAAAUGGGAAAAUGUAAAGACUACUCACUACGUGAAGAAACUAACAGUUUCUGGACUCAUUUGUAA